CCCGAUCAUUAAUUGCCAACUAGAGAUGGAGGUGUCCAAGUUUCAGAUAUUGUCGCUCGCUGUGCUCGCAGCCAUCCUCCUGUCGCCAGCCGCCGUGGAUGCUGUCUGUGGCCGGUGCGUGAACUCUCACGCGUGCAUUAGCGAGACCCAGUUCCAAUUAUGCUUCGAUGGUGUGCGCGACCAGACGCAAAACUACACGUGCCCCAGCGAGAGGGCCAUCUGCACGGAUUACCAUGCCACCUGCAUGGCUAACAGUACGAGUGUGCUAAGGGGCUGCGGCGAUGUUUCCGUGUGCGGUGUUUGUGCCGAUAUCGCCACCAAGUUCACUUGCACCUCGCGUAACACCUUUGCCGCCUGCAGCAAUGGGGCGAUCACCGCGUACACACAGACAUGCAAGAGCAAUUACGUGUGCAGUACGGCUUCAGCUGCUACGGGUACACCCUGUGUCUCCCAUUGCAAGGGCGCGACCGGCGACGUAUGCGAUCUACCUGGGCUAGUUUUCGCCGAUGAAUUACCUAUCGAAACCACCUUAGUGGACACUAGUCCGGUAACCACAGCGUCCCCUUCCGAUGAUCCGACUGUAACCACUGUGAAUCCUUCCACAGCAACAACAGAGAUCACAACAGUAGACCCUACCACAGACUCAACCACAGUAACCCUUCCAACAGACUCCACUUCCACUCCUACAGUAAACACUCCUACUGAGACCACUCCAACCACAGUAACAUCUCCCACAGAGACCACUCCUACUCCCACACCAAAUCCUUCCACAGAGACCACCCCAACCACAGAAAACACUCCCACAGAGACCUCCCCCACCACAGUCACCAUUCCAACAGAACCUAGUCCCACUCCCACUGUAACCCUUCCCACAGAGACAACACCAACCACAGUAAACACACCAACAGAGGCAACUCCAACAACAGUGACCCCAACCACAGUGACCCCAACCACAGUGACGCCAACCACAGUGACCCCAACCACAGUGACACCAACCACAGUGUCUCCAACCACAGAGGAGCCUACUACUCAGACCACCCUACCAGCGGAGACCGUCUAUUGUCAAGGCAUCACCACCGCCGGUCGCUAUGCCAUACCCGGGGACACUGUGUGCACGAGCUACAUCAAUUGCAUCUAUAGGGAGAACAGUUGGAAGGGCAUAGUCUAUAAUUGUGUCGCUACCAAGCCGUACUUCAAUGCAUCCGCCUUCACUUGCCGCACGACCAAGCCAUCUGGACCAGGAUGUACGGAUGUAUAGUUUAUUUUUCAAACUCUAAUAAUAAAUAUAAAAUGUACUUAAAUUAUCCAAAAUAAAAAUAA